AUGCAUCCUCGGAAUCAGGAUGGAGGUCGACAUGAACAUCAAGUAGCUUUUAGUCAUAGGGGAUUUGGAUCUAUUGAUACAUCAAGUUCAAGGAGAGUGGACUACAAGAACGUCAAGAUCCUUCCAUACAUGCACUGUGUAAUGGAGCUAUGCAAUAAAUUCACAAAGAUCGAGUUCAGGCACAUUCCCAUGUUCCGGAAUGAGUUUGCCGACACUCUCGCAACCUUGUCAUCUAUGAUUCAGCAUCCAUAUAAGAAUUACAUCGACCCUAUAGAGAUAGAGACCGGGGAUCAACAUGCGUAUUGUUUUCAUGUAGAUGAAGAGCCAGACACCAUUAAUUACUUCACCAAAUGGGUUAAAGCUUCUACAAACAAGGCCAUCAUAAAGAAAGUAUUGGCAGAUUUCGUCCGUAACAACAUAGUUUGCCGAUUUGGGAUACCCGAGUCAAUCAUCAUUAACAAUGCAGUCAAUCUCAACGGUGAUCUCAUGAGGGAAAUUUGCAAUAAGUUCAGAAUUGUCCACCAUAACUCUACAACCUACAGACUGCAAAUGAAUGGAGCAGUUGAGGCGGCCAACAAAAAUAUCAAAAGGAUUCUGCGAAAGAUAAUGGACAAUCAUAGGCAAUGGCACGAGAAAUUAUACUUCGCCUUACUGGGUUAUUGGACCACCAUGAGGACAUCCACUGGGUCAACGCCAUACAUGUUGGUGUAUGGCACCGAAGUUGUGAUACCCGCAGAGGUUGAGAUACCAUCUUUAAAAGUCAUCCAAGAAGCCAAGUUAGACGAUGCAGAAUAG